GCAUUUAACUGUUAUUAAGUUUGGACAAUAAUUUCCAUGUAAAAGUAAUUAAUAAUUUCCAUAUAAAAAAUUAAUUAAUUAAAUAAAAUAAAACAAGUUAACGAUGAUAAUAGGUUCCUGAUAUGCAGAAAAAAGAAAGAACAUGAACAUGGUUUGACAAGGUCGAGGUCCAGGUUGGAUUCAUGCACUCAAACUCAACCCUUCAACAGUACGAGGUAGUAAAAUCUGCAACUCCGUGGGUCCCACCUUCUCUUUUCUUAAUCUUUUCCCUUUUCCUAUUGUCUUAUUCUGUCUUCCCCUCUUUCUCUCUCUAUAUAUGUUAAUCUCAUCACAGAGAGAUAGAGAGAGAGAAAGAGGGUGGUGAUGAACAAGUUGAAAACUUAAUCUCAAACCCAUAAAUAAUUCAAGAUUUUGAGAACUGGGUCUGGUUUUGUUUGCGAUCUACAGCAUCUUUGUUGAUUUGGGUCAAUCAGGUUCUGUGUUUUUUUGAUGGUUUGAAAAAAAAAAUUCAUUGACUUUAGUGUAAUGAAAACUCUUAUUCUAUUGUUAUUGCUUUUUAAUCUUACUAUUUAUGCUUCUGCUACUGAUUCUGAAUAUGAUCACUGUAACUGUGAUGAUGAAGAUGCACUUUUCAGUAUACAUACAAUUCUUGUUGGUCAAAAAGUCAGUGAUUUUUUCAUAGCAGUUGCUUAUUUUUCAAUACCAAUUGAACUUCUUUACUUUGUUAGUCGUUCUAAUGUUCCUUUCAAAUUGCUCUUUCUUCAAUUCAUAGCUUUUAUUGUUCUUUGUGGUUUGACUCAUUUGCUCAAUGCUUAUUCUUAUCAUGGUCCUCCUUCUUUUCAUUUGUUGCUUUCUAUCACUGUUGCUAAGUUCCUUACUGCUCUUGUGUCAUGUGCAACUGCAUUGACGCUUCCGCCUUUGAUUCCGUUACUUCUUAAGAUUAAGGUUAGGGAACUUUUUCUUAGGCAGAAUGUGAUGGAAUUGGGUCAAGAGGUUGGGAUUAUGAAGAAACAAAAGGAAGCUAGUUGGCAUGUUAGGAUGCUUACUAGGGAAAUUAGGAAGUCUCUUGAUAAACAUACUAUUUUGUAUACUACUCUUGUCGAGCUUUCUAAGGCUUUGGAUUUGCAUAAUUGUGCUGUUUGGAUGCCGAAUGAUGAUAGGAGAGAGAUGUAUUUGACUCAUGAAUUGAAAUCGGAUUCUGGUAAGAGUUUUCAUCAUAAUUCUAUUCCUGUGAAUGACCCUGAUGUGUUAGAGAUAAGGAAAACUAAAGGGGUUAGGAUUUUGAGGCCGGAGUCUAAAUUAGGAGCUGCGAGUAGUGGUGGGGGUAGUACUGAGGAGUUGGGUGCUGUAGCAGCUAUUCGUAUGCCGAUGCUUCAUGUUUCGAAUUUCAAAGGAGGGACUCCAGAGUUGGUUGAUACAUGUUAUGCCAUACUGGUUUUGGUUCUUCCGAGUUCGAACUCUAGGGAUUGGACUGCUCCAGAGAUGGAGAUAGUUGAGGUUGUUGCUGAUCAGGUGGCAGUAGCACUUUCUCAUGCGUCGGUUCUCGAAGAGUCUCAUUUAAUGAGACAGAAACUUGAAGAGCAAAACCGAGCGUUGCAGCACUCUCAAAAGAAUGCAAUGAUGGCGAGCCAGGCUAGGAAGUCAUUCCAGACAGUGAUGAGCCACGGACUGAGGAGGCCUAUGCAUUCGGUUGUCGGGAUGCUUUCAUUGUUUCAAGAGGGUAAUAUGAAUCCCGAACAACAGAUUAUUGGUGACACAAUGUUGAAAGUAGGCAACGUGCUCACGAGUUUAGUAAACGAUGUAAUGGAUAUUUCUGACAAUAAAAAUGGUGGCCUCCAGUUAGAGACGAAACCUUUCCUUCUACAUUCCAUGUUGAGGGAAGCUGCUUGUAUUGCCAAGUGCUUGUGUGUGUAUCAAGGAUUUGGUUUCCAAACCGAUGUCCAGAAAUCUUUGCCUGAAAAAGUUUUAGGCGACGAAGCAAGGACUUUUCAAGUAAUUAUGCAUAUUAUUGGCUAUUUAUUGAACACAUGUGAUCAAGGGAAUCUUGUUUUUCGGGUUUUGCUUGCAAGUGAUGGUGGUGAUAAGGAUGACAAAAAAUUUGGUAUAUGGAAAUCAAGCAGCACAACUGAGUAUGUAAAUAUAAAAUUUGAUUUUCAGAUCACUGGUAGUUCUCAGUCAGAUGAAUCAAUUUCGACAAAACAGCAAAUUGGUAGGAGGCUGAAUCACAACAGUGAAUCUAAGGAGGGUCUGAGCUUUAACAUGUGCAGGAAAUUGGUACAGAUUAUGCAAGGUACUAUAUGGAUAUUACCAAACUCUCGAGGUUUGGUGCAAGGCGUGUCACUUCUUCUCAAGUUUCAGACAGGACCAUUACUUGAAAGAUACAUGCUUGCACCUAAAGAUUAUUCAAAUUCACAGUUUGGUGGCCUCAAUAUUUUGUUAGCAGACGAUGACGGUUUAAACAGGAUCGUGACGAAGAAGCUACUCGAGAGGCUCGGUUGUCAAGUAACAACAGUUUCAUCAGGAUACGAGUGUCUGGGUGCUAUAAGUGGCUCUGGUGGUAACUCUUUCAAAAUUCUCAUGUUGGAUAUUCACAUGCCUGAAAUGGAUGGUUUUGAAGUCACGAUUAGGAUCAGAAAGUUCAACGGCCCUAAUUGGCCUUUGAUCAUAGCUCUUAUAGCAAAUGCAGAAGAGCAAGUCAAGGAUAGAUGCAUGCUGGCGGGAAUGAAUGGAGUGAUUCGAAAACCAAUCCUCCUUCAUCAGAUAGCGGAUGAACUUAGAACUGUCCUACAUCGUGCGGGUGAAAAACUGUGAAUUUCAUUAGUUCCUCAAAAUGGUAUAGAGAAUUUGGAUUUUUUUAACAAUACCAAUUGUUUUAAAAUAGUCGGUUAUGUAGUGAUUGAGUCUUUUGUCACAACUUAUUGUGGCCUUUGACAGUGCAGGUUUUGAAUCGUGAUUGUGGCCAUGGUCGUGGUUGCAUUAUGGUUGUGAUGCUAAUACAAUUUAAUAGCGCUUGGUUCAGUAGUCAUGAUCCAAUGUGAUUGCAACCAUGACCAUUAUUAUCACAAUCGCAAUCAAAAUGUUACUGUUGUGAUGCAGUUCACAAUUUAAAACGAUUAUACAAUGUUCUUUAAGGAAAUAAUGCAGUGUUAAUGGAGUAAUUGAUCAAUAAGAUCCUGCAAAGUUCAUAUAUAA